AUCUGAAUCCCACUGUGACAUGUCUGCACUAGGAUCAAGCUUCGACCAGCAAGCAAACGAGGAUGCAUGGAGGAGACUCCACGGCCAGAUUGCCCAAGGGGCAGAGUACGACUCCAACGAACGCCGUCCUUUCUCCCAAUGUCUUCCAGGCACCCGCGUUGAGCUCUUGAAAACGCUGGAGGCGUCCUUAAUACGGCAGGACAGCAAGAUCGUUUGGCUCUUCGGGGGGUCAGGUUCGGGCAAAUCGAGUGUUGCAUAUUCCACCGCAGAUCGUCUUCGCAGCAGAGAUCAGCUAGCCGCAACAUUCUUCUUCUCACGCAAGGAAGUCUCUAGGAGCAGCACUGAUUAUGUCUUCCUCACCCUCGCAUACCAGAUUGGCCUCCUUCACCACCGUGCCAAAGAGGCUAUAAUCAAAGCCAUCAGGCACGACCCUGACUUACUCUCCCCCCAUAAGUCUCGUCGCGAUCAGUUCAUCAAACUGCUGGCCGAACCCCUGAGAGAGCUU